CUUUCGCAUUGGCAGCCCAGUAUAUUAUACAGCCAGUGGUCCUCUGUUAGUGGACGUGGAUGCGCGCUAAGCCCCGGCCUUUCGUCACUCUUUUUUGACAAGACCUCUGAUAUUCCACCACAAGGAAAAUGGCUUCAGCUGCAUUCGAAUCGCAGGGCGUUCGAAUUGCUGUCGAGGGCUGUGGCCAUGGCGCGCUCGACGCGAUAUAUGCUUCUGUCAAGCAGUCUGCCCAGGAGCGCGGCUGGGAUGGCGUUGACCUACUUAUCAUUGGAGGUGAUUUCCAGGCUGUGCGCAAUGCGGCCGACUUGACGGUCAUGUCAUGUCCCAUCAAGUAUCGCAAAAUCGGUGGCUUCCACGACUACUACGCCGGGAGAAAACAAGCUCCGUAUCUAACCAUUUUCAUUGGCGGAAACCAUGAAGCUGCUUCACAUUCUUGGGAGCUCUAUUACGGCGGCUGGGUCGCUCCCAACAUUUACUAUCUUGGAGCUGCCAACGUCCUUCGGCUGGGACCUAUCCGCAUUGCAGGCAUGUCUGGAAUAUGGAGGGGCAUGAACUACCGCAAGCCGCAUCAUGAGCGGCUACCUUUCAACCAUCUCGAUAUCAAGUCAUUCUACUCUGUCAGAGAAAUUGAUGUCCGGAAGCUCUUGUUGAUGCAGACGCAAGUUGAUGUCGGCCUAAGUCACGAUUGGCCGCGCCAGGUGGAGACGCAUGGUGACCUCGAUGAACUAUUCAGGCGAAAGCCUUUUCUUAGACGCGAAUCUAUGGAUGGCUCUCUUGGCAGCGUGGCUGCUGAGUAUGUCAUGGAUCGUCUACGACCACCUUACUGGUUCUCUGCGCAUUUACAUGUCAAAUUUGCAGCAAUCAAGAAAUACGACGAUGCAUCAAAUGCCACUGAGGCUACUCAAACUCAACCAGAUAAGCCCAUUGAUGCUCCACCCCCCGUCCAGGAUAACCCGGAUGAGAUUGAUUUGGAUAUGGACGACGAAGAUGAUGCUGAGAAGACUGAGGAUACUACCAAAGAAGCAGCUACGGGAAUUACAGAAAACGAGGCCAAAGGGGAUACCGAGGGUGAUGCUGGACAAGUUCCUGAUGACUUGAGAGCACAGCUACCAGCAUCAUUUGCUCGGCCUACAGAAAAGGUGAAGCGCAAACCAGGCCAGCCAGUCCCUCCGGGCAUUGAAAACAAAGAGGUCAGGUUUUUGUCAUUGGACAAGUGUCUGCCACAGCGACACUUCCUCCAGCUAUGCGAGGUCCAGCCGUUCAAGGAAGAGCAGCUGUCUUUAUAUCCACCACAAAGCUCCGGCCCUAGAUAUCGACUUCAAUAUGAUGCCGAGUGGUUAGCAAUCACCCGUGCUUUCCACAAAUCCCAGACCUUUGGCGAUCCUACGGCCCAAGUGUCUGAAGAUUUAGGGGAAGAGAAAUACAUUCCCCUGAUUGAAGCAGAAAAGGCGUGGGUUGAAGAGAACAUUGUGCAAAAGGGGAAGCUGGAUGUGCCGGACAACUUUGAACAGACAGCGCCUCCAUAUGUUCCCGGCACACCAGAGAUUGUUCACAAGCAGCCUGACGAGUAUACAAACCCACAGACUGCAGCCUUCUGCGAGCUCUUGGGCAUUGAGAACGUGUGGGAUGCUAGCGCCGAGGAGAGGCAGCGGCGGAAGGCUCAGGGGCCGGUGAAUACACAACUUCUGGGGCGCGGUGACAGAGGGGGCUACGACGGAAGGGGAAGGGGAAGGGGUAGAGGAGGAGGAGGAGGUAGAGGCGGCGGUAGAGGCGGCGGUAGGGGUAGAGGAGAUGGGAGAGGAGGGUUUUACGGCAGAGGGAGAGGCUAUUAAGAGACGGCACAGGGCCAUUCAUUAUUAUCCCUCAUUGCCAAGCAAGAAAUAGCAAGUACAUGAGCAAAUUGGCAUCUCGUUUAAAAAACAGGGUCGCCAAUGUUUAAUGUUUACCAGAAAGCUGGUUGUGGGGAUAGGAGGCUGGGUGUUUGUUUACCCACUCCUGCUACGGAGUAUGACCUCCGUAUAUGUAUGUGCUAAUGCAGGUGGUCUUACAUAUCGACCUUCGCAGCAAUAGGCACGCAUGUUCGGUGAAUAUUUGUGGAUAACAAUUCAUGCAUGCUUCCACCAUGAGCGAAUAGAAUCGAC